GGUCAUAUUAGGCUAUUGUGGUAUUUGUGUAGUUCUGCUAGGAUUUUGGGAAGAGGAAGAUGGGUCUAUAAAUGAGGGUUCAGAUUCACUAAAAGUUAGUUCAGAAAUUGUUGGUAGUAAGGUUAAUGGAGUAUUUGUAUAUGAUUUAAGAG